UGCAAAAAAGGGAUAGAUUUUAGAUAAAAAGUGGGCUAAACAAACACACCCUUAAAAUCAACUUGACUGAUGACUUAUUGACCGUCCUUCAAUGGCAGAAGUACAACAUUCAAGUCAUUCUUGCAGUUGUUAGAUUCUUCUUCAUUCCCAGAUUAGUGGUUGUGCAGCCAAUGAAUGAAAAAUGGAGAAAACAUGUGAAUUCUGUGGAGCAGCAUGGGCUGUUGUAUACUGCGAAGCAGAUGCAGCGCUACUCUGCCUCUCCUGUGACACGAAAGUGCAUUCAGCUAAUGCUCUCUUUGCUCGUCACUCAAGAACCCUUCUCUGUGAUUCUUGCAAACAAAAACCUGUUUAUGUUCGAUGCUUGGACCAUUUCAUGUUAUUAUGUCAAGAUUGUGACAAGAGUUUUCCACACCAUAACAACUUGAUCAUUCGUAGCUUUACUGGAUGUCCUUCAGCUAACCAGUUUGCAGCUUUAUCUGGCUUUGAUGUCCUCCAUCAGUUUUCCACAGCAACUUCUUUCAUUACUUCAGAUACUGCAACAGGUUUCUGCACCCAACAACAUAAGAAACUCAGCAAUCAUCAACGCAUGCAAAACAAUGGCUUAAUCAUAAAUCAGAUUCUUGAGUUGAAAAAUCUUCAGCUUACUCAAGGAGAUAAUCAGACAAAAUCAUUGCAUAAUAACGGAGAAUAUGUUACACCCUCCUCCAUGCACACUACUUCAGUAAAUGAAAGACUCAAGCAACAAUGGAAGGAACUCAAUUGUCUCACUAAUGAGCUUCAGAGCUUAGACAACUCAAGUCAUCUGCCUACUUCUUCUUCUUCUUCAUCUUCAUAUGUAGGAGACUCCUUUUGGCAGUACAAUAAAAGUCCAAUAGACAAUAAUAUAAAUCAGUUCUGGAUGCAAAAUUUGCAAGAUAUUGGAAUGUGUCAAGAACUCGGAUGCAUUGAUGACUUCAAUAUGCCAGAUGUUGAUAUAACAUUCCGCAAUAUUGAAGACUUUCUCAUAGGUGAUCCUGACCUAACCCGUGCUUUGGUUGAAGACAAUGAUCCUAUGACCUCAGAUACUGAUAAGACAUCCAUGAAUAACUUAGAAAAGUGCCUUAUUGAAACAACACAGGAUAUAACUGAUGCUUCAUUGAUUUCCACCAAUAAGCAUGCUAAUUUCAUCAAGGAAGUGAAUCCACUUGAUAAUGUUACUCAUCAACUAUCGAGAAAUGUAGAAAAUUCAUCACAUCUGUUUAGAUACUCGCGUUCAGCUACAUUUUCUUGUUCACGACUCAGUGCUGAAAGAUGUGGCAGCGACUUUCUUGACAGUGGAAAUUCAGGGAAUUUCACAACAAGUGAAUAUUCAGACAAUGUUGCAGAAUUACAUGGUAUAGAAGUUGAAGGUGGGGAAAGUUCAACUAGACUGUCAAAAGAGAAAAACAACAGUCGAAUGGAUGGUAAAAAGACUCAACUUGCACCACGUAAGGCUAGAACUGAUUUGCAUAAGAGAAACAAAAGCCAGUAUGCUAAGGUACAAGGCUAUGAAUCUGAUACAGCAACGGUCACUAAGACCUACUGAUUGAACUUGUCGACUUCCCAUUUCUUUUGUAUGUACAUAAUUUCAAUUUACCAACACCAUACUAUUUCAAGUUUCAAAUAUAUUCUAGACUUUUGGUACCAAAUGUGGUAGCCCAAAGCCAGAUUGUGAACCUUUCAACUCCUGUAUUUUCCUACUUUUUUUUGGUAAUUAAGUGCAAACUUAUUAAUACCAAAUUGACAGUAUUUACAUCAUUACAACUGAACCAAAA